AUGCGCCGCUCUGCUCUGAGAAACAACGGUCAAAACGGCCCCUUCUAUGUCUCUCUCCUAGGGGUGGAUUUGGUCCCCAUUAAGCCCAUCCCCAACGUGGUGACGCUGCAGGAGGACAUCACCACGGAGAAGUGUCGCCAGGCCGUGCGCAAGGAGCUGCAGACGUGGAAGGUGGACGUGGUGCUGAACGACGGGGCCCCCAAUGUGGGGGCCAGCUGGGUGCAUGACGCGUACUCCCAAGCCAACCUGACGCUCAUGGCCCUGAAGUUGGCCUGCGAAUUCCUUUCCAAGGGCGGCUGGUUCAUCACAAAAGUCUUCCGCUCCCGCGACUACCAGCCCCUCCUGUGGAUCUUCCAGCAGUUGUUUCGCAAGGUGCAGGCCACCAAGCCGCAGGCCUCCCGCAACGAGUCGGCCGAGAUCUUCGUCGUCUGCCAGGGAUAUCUGUCCCCAGAUAAAAUUGACAGCAAAUUCUUUGAUCCCAAAUUUGCCUUCAAGGAAGUUGAGAUUCAGGCCAAAUCUGUGAGCGAGCUGGUGACCAAAAAGAAACCAAAGGCGGAGGGAUACGCAGAAGGUGACACGACGCUCUAUCACCGCUUCACGCUGAUGGAUUUCCUCAAGGCCCCCAACCCUGUGGAUUUCCUCUCCAAGGCCAAUGAGAUCACGCUGGGGGACAGCGAGCUGGAGCGGCACAGCGCCACCACCGAGGAGCUGCGCCAGUGUUGCCGGGACAUCCGCGUGCUGGGCCGCAAGGAGCUCAGGGCCCUGCUGAACUGGAGGACGAAGCUGCGUCGCUUUAUGGCCAGGAAGCUGAAGGAGCAGGCCAAGGAGCUGGACAUCAGCUUGAGCUCCGGCGAGGAGGAGGAGGGCGGCGAGGAGGAGGCCGUGAAGACGUCGGGAGCAGCUGGGGAUGGAGCCGCAGAGGAGGAGGAGAUGGAGCUGAGGCUGGCGGAGCUGAAGGCAGAGGAAGUGGCUGAGCUGAAGAGGAAGAAGAAGAAGAUCCUGAAGGAGCAGCGGAAGCAGCGCGAGCGCAUCGAGCUGAAGAUGGACCUGCCCGGCGUCUCCAUCGCCGACGAGGGCGAGACUGGCAUGUUCUCCCUCCGAACCAUCGGCAAGACCCGGCUGCUGAAUGAGGUGGCCAGGGGCGAUAUGGCGUCUGCGGACGCCUUCCUGGAGGCGCCGCACGAGGACGACGACGUGACCUUCUCGGAGCAGGACGACGCGGACGACGUGUCUCUGGCCAGCGACCUGGACUCGGACGAGCUGGCCGACAUCGAGGAGCGGCUGCAGGAAGCCAAGCGGGGGCUGGGCCCAAAGAGAGGGACCUUCCAGCAGCCGGCAGAGGAGGAGGGGGAGGAGAAUCCCCUGCUGGUGCCCCUGGAGGAGAAGUCGGUGCUGGAGGAGAGGCAGACCAACCUGUGGUUCGGGAAGGAGGUCUUUGCCGGCAUUGAGGACGAUGUGGACGAGGCCCUGGAGAUCAGCCAGGCGCAGGCGCUGUCCGAGAGGAAGGAGCCGCCGCCAGGGAACGUGAAGGGGAAGGGGCAGAAGAAGCUGCCGCCCCCAUCCCAGGAGGCAGCUGCAGUGGAGGUGGGGCCCAGGGCAGCCGUGGGGGCUAGUCCCAGCGAAGACCAGGGUGAGGGGAGCAGCGGCGAGGAGGACUCUGACAGCAGCAGCGACGACGAGAGGGAGACGUCGCAGAAGGGAAGGAAGCGGGCGCUCGCCGAGCCAGGUGGCUUUGAGGUGGUGCCCAUUGAGGACCCAGUGAAGAGAGCCCGUGUCCUGGAUGCAGAGGGGCUUGCGCUGGGGUCUGUCAUUGCCACCUCCAGGAAAGCCAAGCGGGACCUGAUUGACAACUCCUUCAACAGGUAUGCCUUUAACGAGGAGGAGGGGGAGCUGCCCGAGUGGUUCCAGCAGGAAGAGCAGCAGCACCGCCGGAAGCAGCUGCCUCUGGACCGGCAGACGGUGGAGGAAUACCGGCAGCGCUGGCGCCAGAUCAACGCCCGCCCCAUCAAGAAGGUGGCAGAGGCCAAGGCCCGGAAGAAGCGGCGGCUGCUGAAGAAGAUGGAGCAGAUGAAGAAGAAGGCGGAGGCUGUGGUGAGCACAGUGGAUAUUUCGGAGCGUGAAAAGGUGGCCCAGCUGCGCAGGUGA